GUGUAAUCCCAAGGUAACUGCUCAGUGUUGUAAUUGUUUGCCACAGAGGUCAGUGGUGUGUGGGAUUACGCAAGCACGGAAGACGUGACAUUGCUAAAAUUCCCAAAACACUAUCAGCAAGGAACGAAGAAACAGGUUUGUAAUCAGGAAGACCUUUUAAAUAACCCACCCAAAGGAAAUGCAUAUACAAAACGAUCGUCAAAGAGGAGAUAAAACAAGUCCAUUGACCUAAACUGUCACCAUAGCACGGGGAACAAGUUUAAACUGUCGUUUUGAAACAUUGAGGAGAACAAAGUUCAUACGAAGUUUCUGCUAUUACGACAACACAAAGCUUCUAGUAUUACGACAAUGAAGAAGUCGUUUCUGUAAGUGAAUGAGCCAAAGACAAACCAGUUAACAUCUUUUCUUUGAAAUCUGGUGAGGACACAUGGUGAGGACUGUAAAGAUGGAGCAGGACUGUCAAGUCGGAAAACCCAUGCCUCCAGCUGAUCCCAAUCUGACAAGCCCAGACAAUCAUCAUGACCUCACUGCCAGUGCAAGAGAGGAAGUGGGAAGCACCAAGGAGAACGAGGGUGAUUCCACACACAUGGACCAGAGCAAUGCCCAAGAGAAGCCAGUCAUGAAAACUAAGAUGGAACCCUCCUCCACAAAACUGUGUGGAUACCUGAACAAACUUGGGGGGCCCUUGAAGGCCUGGAAAGCCCGCUGGUUUGUUUUCGAAGAGAAGAAGUGCCAGCUGUACUACUACAGAACAUCACAGGAUGUCAAUCCCUUGGGAAGCAUUGACCUGGCUAACGCUACCUUUGGCUACCCGGAUCAAGCUCAGGAAGGGACCUUUCAAAUUCAAAUCCCAGGACGGGUUGUUGUGCUGAAGGCAUUAAACAGCCAAGCCAUGCUGUAUUGGUUGCAGCAGCUGCAAAUAAAACGGUGGCAGCACAAUACCAGCCUGGUGAAAAUACCUGCAGAGCCCUCCACUACCUCCACACAGCUCUGCCAGCUGCCUUCUGCACCUUGGGAAGGAAGGACAGAGGACUUCCUCCCAGCAGUAAAGACCCCCAAGGGCCUAGUCGGAGAAGCCGCAGCCUCUGCCAGACCCCUGGCAACAAAAUGCACUGCAAAAGCUCUCCCUCAAGCACCCCAUCACAGAGAUACACCUAUUUUAGCGCCAGCCAGACGCGCCAGCCAACAGAAGAGCCUCAACAAAAGAGCCGGGAGUCUAGCUGUGGGAGUCCAGCGAGGGGAGGCCUGCACUGAGACGCUGCUCCAAUAGAUCCUAACCUAACGGAGCUCCAGAAGAAGCUCUCUACUAGUCAGCUAAGAACCUUGGAGUCACCCUGGACCCCUGCCUCUCUUAUUCCCAGCACAUCUCCACUCUGGCACGCACUUGCCGAUUCUUCCUGAGCAACAUCCGAAGAAUCCGACCCUUCCUCACCAACUAUGCUACCCAGCUCCUGGUCCAGGCCCUGGUACUCUCCCGCCUAGACUACUGCAACUCCCUCCUGGCUGGCCUCCCUGCGUCCGCCACCCGUCCGCUCCAGCUCAUCCAGAACUCUGCUGCCCGCCUAGUGUUCUCUCUGCCUCGCUUCGCCCACGCUACUCCACUACUCCGCUCGCUCCACUGGCUCCCGAUCACCGCUCGCAUCCAGUUCAAGACUCUUGUACUAGCCUACAGAUGCCUUGACCAGUCUGCACCCAGCUACCUCCAGACCCUCAUCUCUCCCUACACCCCCACUCGACCUCUCCGCUCCGCCUGCACUAGAAGACUAGCUCUACCACCACUACGCUCCCCUGCCUCCAAAGCCCGCUCCUUCUCCACCCUUGCUCCGCAGUGGUGGAAUGACCUUCCUACAGAUGUCAGGACUGCCCAGUCCCUGACCACAUUCCGGCGCCUCCUUAAGACUCACCUCUUCAAAGAGCACCUGUAGAACUCCUCUGUUUGUAUCCUGGGACACUAUCACCCUUCAUGUAAAUGUGCUUUAUUUUGCUCUUAUCAGCCCCUAUUUUACUGCAUUUAAUCCUGUACUUCUGAAUACUGUAAUCUGCCAAGUUUUUAACCAGUAGUACUUUGUAUUUAAACACAUCCUGAUGUAACUAUCACUAUUUAAUCAUAUCCUGAUGUAACUAUCACUAUUACCUGCUGUAUUAUUGAAUUGUGGUUUGUCAAACUUGUACUUUACUUGAACAAAAGUUAUUGUAUUUCUUGCUCUUAUUGUAUUACUUGUAUUGUAACGCUUGAAAUGUUUUUGCCUACGAUUGUAAGUCGCCCUGGAUAAGGGCGUCUGCUAAGAAAUAAAUAAUAAUAAAUAAUAAUAAUCUAUGUUUGGAAAAGGAGACCGUAUAGAAAAAAGGUAGUCGAGGAUCAAAUGAUGAUAUAUGAGCCUCUAAUACAAUCACUAAUAAUAUAUAUUGUAACAAAAGGCUGUCACUGGGACUUUGUGCAUUCGUCUGUGCUUGAAGUGCUUUGCAGAGCAAAGUUGCAUGGUCUGCGACCGUGCUUCCCAUGCGUAGGAGCACUUACCCUGCUGCAGACACGGGCCGGACCCCACUAAAGUUAACAUUAAGUAAUGACAACUUGCCAUUAACAGUUUACUAUUUUACCAUAAAGUCAAGGGACAUUUACUUUCACACAGUUUAUUUCAUGCUUGCUAUUCUUGGAUCAUCCUUACAAGCAGGCUGUUCUUAUCCUGGUGCUGUAAUUUAAAUCUUCAACAAAUAUUCUCCUAAAAAUAUAUUCUAUAAAAAUGCAGUAAACAUUUGAGGCAAAAUUAUAUAAAAAGUAUAAAAGCCUAGGAAAAUAUAGUAAUGCAUAUUUAACCUACAUUUCUGUUAAUAUAUAAACAUUGUAAAAUCUUAUCUAUUUAUUAUUAUUAUUAUUAUUAUAUAUAAUUAUUAUUAUUAUUAUUAUUAUUAUUAUUAUUAUUAUUAUUAUUAUUAUUAUUAUUAUCCUAAAAUUCUUAACAUAAAAUAUACCAAGAUACAUGUGCAUUGGUUACUAUUUUCGAAAUUUAAAGUGAGUUACAGUUAAGUAUGCAUAAUACAGUUUUUAAAAACUUCUCCAAUAGGUGGCACCGGUGCACUACUGAAAACAGCAGGACAUCAUUCUCCAGUCCAGACACAAAUAUUAUAUCACUUUUUUCCAACGUCAGACUUUUCAAUUACCCUCAAGUACCCCCAGCAGUCUAGGUUUUUGUUUCAACCUGUAAUUAAAUACCUGUUUCAAUCAUGCAUUGUUUUUCCAGUGUGCUUAAGACAGGACUUACAGACAGCUUAUGAGACUUUAAACAGUUUAACAACAAUUACAGCUAAUGCUGUGGUUACAAAAUUACACUAGAGGGCGCAAGUAUGGAAAAGUUGACAAUUGUUGCAUAAAAUUGCUUAUAUUUUUUUCAAAUAACAUACAGUUCUGUUUUCCUUUUAUUACAGACAAUUGAGGGUUUUCAGGUACAUUAAAAUACAUUUGGUUUUAUGUUGUAAAGUGUUAUUUUGUGUGUUAGUUCUAAGCGAAAGAAACACAGUCGUUAACACUAGAAAGCGCGAGCCUGAAGGAAGACUUUGGGGGAGUUAUUUUGCAUAAAAAUAAUACAAUUUAUGUUGUUAAGCCUGGGUAACAAGCACGGUAAGCCAGUUCUGGAGAGGCAUAAAAGAUUGCUGGAUCAUGUUUAAAAGAGCCGUAUCUUUUACUUAUAGAGAAUUGACAGAGACGCGGGAUCUUUACAACACGCUGCGGUGUCCAUAACUGGCUUUGUGAAUUCAAAGUUUAUAGUAGUGACUUGGACCGGAGUUACUGGGACUUUUUUCUGUGCCUCUCACAAUCGAUACCCUGGCUAACGAGAACGGUUAGUUUGUAAAUUGAAGCCUAACUCAACUGAAAGUGUACCUUUCUGAUUCCUCAUUUUGGAUUAUAAAAUAUUACUGUGAAGCCCCCGUCUGUGAAAAUAAAACUUGCAUUUUCAUCUACUUUUCGUGUGGACUGGUGUCACUUAACAAAGAACGCGUGCAUGCUAUUGGAAUACAAAACAAUGAAGUUUGUUACACAUGUAUCUUCUUCCUUGAUAAGGUCACAUGCUGAAGGGGAAGAUCUCCUCAGUAACAAGGUUGACAGUGGAUUUAGGGACAGUAUUAACUAUCUGAAUUUAUGUUAAUGUAUAUUGAUUGUGUAUAGUAUAGUUGAGAAACAAUAUACUGACUUGUUUUCUGUUAUAAUGGUAAAAAAAAAUGUAUUUUUCUUAAUGGAUUGAGUAAAAAGAUGAAUAGGGAUAUUGCUAAAUGUGGAAUUUUGCUUAAAAUAUAAGCUUGAUUUUCACUUUAAGUGAUUUAUAGUGUAUCCAAAGCAUGUGAAUAUUAAUUACAUAAUAAUUUGUUAUGCAUCAAUUAGUUUGAGUAAAAAUCAGUUGUUUUAUCAUAAAUACAGCCUCGGGACGCAAAAGGCACUCUAAUGAUAGAAUGACCCAGCGACUGGCUUAUCAAAAUCUGAUCUAUCUAUCUAUCUAUCUAUCUAUCUAUCUAUCUAUCUAUCUAUCUAUAUAUGUAUGUUAUAACAUACAAUGAGGUUUAAUCUGUAACCACCAUCUGAUAAAAUUCAGUUUUCACUGCCCAAAGCUUCUUUAAAGUUUAUUUUUAUGGACUAAAAGCACUGAAAGACUAUAUUUCUGUAUUGAUGAAGGUACAGUAUGUUGGGGCUAUAGAUAAACCAUUAAAUAGAACUGGAAAAGUAUCAUGUCUUGUCUAAUUGACUGGGUUGUAUGUUAAAUUCAGAGUUUAAAAAAACAAUAGCCAGUUAGUUCAGAAUGCACAGCUGUCAAUAUGGCGACAUGUCCUUGAUUCAAUGAUUAGAGCACCUUUACUUUAAAAAAGUACAAAUAAUUAAAGUUUUUGGUCAGCUCAAACAAAAUGUACUACUGUGCAUUGUGUCCUGUUAGCAACAGUCAUUUCAUUUGUUCAUAAAGAGUAGUAAAUAGACCAUAUUUACUAUGUCAGUGUUAUAAUUUAUUAUGCCAGUGGUUCAGUAUAUCUGAAUAGCCCUGAAAAAGCCCUUUUCCCAUAAAUCACUCUGGUCACCUGGAGCCUCCAAUUAUACAGGCUCAUGUUAGACAGGAUUAUAACCACAAUACCACAAUGAGAUCAGGGACACCUCUGUCUGAUCAUUUCA